CGAUCGAAUUUCCGAAUCGAUUUAAAUUGUGCCUUCGUUUAUCAAUUCCAUAACAUGGAGAGCAAAAGUUAUCGUCACGAUGACUGCUGCUACUAACAUCACCUCUCGCUAUGUGUAAAGUGUAAUGCGGAUGAUGCUGCUGCGCUGAUCUCGCGCUGGCAAAGAAGAUGAUGCUGGUGGUGAUGAUGAUGAUGACGAUGCGAUAUUUAUAAAUUAGAGCCGGACUUUGAAUGGAACGGCAUGGUGGCGCAGCGUGGCGCGGUGGUACAAGUAGCAGUAGAUCGCACAUCAUCGUCGUCAUCGUCGUGGUUGUCUUCGUACAUCAGCCGGCAGCUGAAGUAAACAGUUCACGUCGCGAUGAAAGAAGGGGGGCGAAUGAAAAAACCCGUGAAAAAUUUGUUGUUAAUAAUUGAAGAGUUCUCCAUCCGACGACGACCGUCCAACGGAACCGCGCACUCGGUGCUGCUGAUGCUGGUGGUGCGCUCGAGUAAGAAUCCAGAGGAGAACUGCAUGAACUGAGGUACAGUGGAUGGGGAAAUUGUCUGGAUUCAUCGAUGUUGUUUUUCGUAAAUGCGUAUUUUUGAGACGAUCAGAACUCCUUUUAUAACUAAAUAUUUUACCUUUCAAAUAAGUAUUUCAAUUGUUUAAACUUAAACUUAAUAUCCUUAAAAAUGUUCGACUAAUUAGUGUUUGUGAGGCCCGUAAAAUCGUUUUGAAACCUACAUGGUUCUAUUUUAGUUUUAUUGCGGAUCUAUGGAACUCCUGACACACAUAGUGUAUGAUUAAUAGCAUUUCAUAGCGAUGAUGUACAGACAAUUUCCCCACACCCUGUAGGCAGCAGUAGCAAUCUCGCUCGAGGAAUCCCCCUUUCUCGGUCGCCCGCCAGUCGCGGAAAGCGUUUGUGUGCGGAGCUCUGUGUUCGCGAAAUUGGUUAUAAUUCUCGGUGGAAGAAUCCGAAGCCAUUCAACGCAUCCAUCCAUUCGUCGUCGCGUCGGUGCGGUGGUGAUGUGCCGUGCCGUUGUUGCGUUGUGAUGAUUCGUGUUCGGUUCUUUAUGGUAAUCGCGCAUUUUUGUUUUAUACGUGCUGCACAUAGGAUGGAAAUUUUCCGGCUUUAAUCUGCUUUCUCGGCUCGGGUUGUUUAACGGGAACGCGAUUGAAGAGCGUGCCAACGGAAGGUUCUACUCUACGAUGAGGUGUGAUUAAAGAGCUCGAUUGGUUUCGAAUCCUCUGUAGUAGGUUUACGACCUUUUUCUAUGUUGAUCUUUUUUUGCGUGUUGGUGGUGUCUUGUGUUACUUACAUUUGCGUCGUCGCCGUCGUCAUCGGGCGACCGGGUGAAUGAAGCAAUUGCUGCAGUUUAUCAUCGUGGUUCACGUUUGUCCAGAUAACAUCCAGGUGAAGGCAGAUCUGUGUAGAUACAGCGGUGAAACAGCGGCGACGAACGUGGCUUAUCAGAGCUUAUCAGCGAAUUCCGGCCGUCACUGAAGCGCAUAAACCACUCACAGCAAAUCAGUGAUUAAAACGGACCUCACACCAGAAGAGCCGCAGCUAAUUGCAACUUCCCCCGUAGUCUAUCCACUCGGCAACACACGGAGCGUAGCUCAGCUCAGUCAUUCAGCCGUCGGUCAUCAACCGUGAGGCACAAGCGACGAAACAACUCAGUGCACAAGAAAUCUGUAAUCAUCAUCAGCGUCACAUUUUAAUUCAAUUACCGCUCACAGUUCUGCCUUGCCGACCAUCUCCACUGUCCGGAAAGAAGGGGGCCGCUGAGUUAAAGAAAAGCACCAUCCACCCCCUCCGUAGCUCAAGGCCACUCUACUACUGGCUGGGUGAGAAGAAACCCCCGGCGGCGACGGCAGUGGUGUCGAGGAGUGUCGUUUAAUUCAUUUUUAAUCUGUUGCCGCCUCAGGUGCUUCGUGCGGGCAAUUUUAAUCUGGCCGGACGCUGCGGCGUCCUUAACUAAGUGUCUGUUCGUCUUUGUGUUUGUGUGUAUGUGCGGCGCUAAAGGUAUAGCAAAAGGCGCGUUCUGAAAAGCCUAAUGAGUUCACCAGCAAGCCGGAGCUGUAGAAACGACCACCAAUGAAGCUUGAAGAUCAGAUCGGAGGUGCCGCCGGAAGUGUUACCGGUGGUGGUGGCGACGAAGUCAUGUUCAGUGACGUCAGAUGGACAGUUGAGCGCCGUAGUAGUGGACACAAUAGUGGUCGCCGCCGAAAAAGUGCCAAAUGUAGCAGUAAUCGUGUGUCGCGGAAGAUCGUCGAGGGUGAAGAAGUGGCGGCGAGUUCGCCAGAAGCAUUCCUCCAGUCCUGCCCAUUGCCGGCGAUGCCUUGUCCGGAGGCCAGCGGGAGCGGUAACUCAACGGAACAGGCCAGCAGUAGUAGAUCUUCGUCGGCGUGGCGGUCGACGCCAUCCCGAAGGCUGUGGUGGUGGAACCGGUGUUCGCCCGCCCUAGUGUUGUACAUAGUAGGUGUAGUGUUAGUAGGUGCAAUUCCCACGAUUCACUGUGAUGCAGUUAGUAGUGGCAGCAGUAAUAGUGUUAGUAGUAAUAGCAGUCUUAAUCAAAAGGGUGAUAAGGUCGUCGUGGACGGGGGUCUACAUCUGGUCAGCAGUAGUGAAAACGUGGCGGUGGAACAGGAUCCGUUCGUCAGUGGGAGUGUGAGUGUGUGCGAGGAUCACUACGAAGGCAGCGGACACUACACGCAUCACUGGGCGGUGCACAUUCCGGAUGGCGGCGUUGAAACUGCCGAGCAGGUCGCCGACGAGCACGGGUUCAUCAAUCAUGGCAAGGUAACUAUCCAUCUCACAUCCAAUAAAGCUUAUCAUUACAGUAAGUAGCUACCAUUCGCACCGUAAUCUCAUUAGCCAAAAUCCGCACCGAAUUAUCGCUAUUAGCCCGGAUAAUGGUCCAGACUGAGACCGUUCACCGUUCGCAAAAAAAAAACUAACCACAAAACAAAUCCUCUUAUCUUCCAAAUUCUGGAGGAGCAAUAUGCGUGUGUUUGUCCCACCUUUAAGGCAUUUUCUUUUACAAGAAAAAAAGCAGCUUAUUUCACCGGUCCCCAGUACAACCGAAGACAUCAGUUUUUGUGCACAAGUGAGGGGCACAACUCGUGCCCGGUUGAAAUCGAAUCAAAUUGGCGCCCAACGUGGCCGUCAAAGUAAUCCAAUAACACCUUUUCUCAUUGUCCUCGUCGUCGUCGAUGUCCUUCCGAAUCCAAUUAUCCGACAUUGUUUUUCACACUCUUCAAAGAAGGUAAAUGGUUACUGCCGAAAGGUGGCGUUGUGGGUGGCGCCGCACACUUUAACUUUACACUUGACCUCCAAAUCAACAAGACGUGGGGAUGGCUGGGAGGAGAACUGUCGGUAACUAGGCUCGGUUAGUCAGUUUCGCUAAUGAGCGUCUUACACGCUGGUAAACAGCCUUAAGCUGAUUAUGGUGGAACGGUUUCAAAAAUAUUACUGCAAACAGUCAGAGGUCGACGGGCGUAGGCUUUUCACUUUUCGACGGAUGGUAGGUAGUAGUUGUUGAUUCAACUUAGUUCAGCGCUCUUUUUCCAGAAUAACUCUUGAAUAAACCUCAAAAUUCCUCUGUUUUCCUUCCCAGAAUUCACCCAAAAUAAAACCUGGGAUUCUCCAGGAAAAUGUUCAGGAAAAACUUCUGUGAUUCUUCUAAAAAUCCUCUAGAAAUUAUCCAAGAAUUUCUUCAAAAAUCUAUAAAUAUCUUCAGGAACUCUUGAAAAAGGUUUGCAUUAAUUUUUCAAGUUUUCUUCCAACAACUGUCCACUAAUGUAUCCACGAAUUCUUCCAGGAGCUCAUCAAGAAUUCCUUCAGGAAUUCUCCAAAAAAUCCUCCAGGAAUUCUCCAAGAAUUCCUCCAGGAAUUCUCCAAGAAUUCGUCCAGGAAUUCUCCAAGAAUUCUUCCAAGAAUUAUCCAAAAAUUCCUCUGUGAAUUAUCCAAGAAUUCCUCUGAGAAUUCUCCAAGAGUUCCGCCAGGAAUUCUCAAAGAAUUCCUCCAGGAAUUUUCAAAAAAAAAACCCAGAAAUUCUCGAUGAUCCUCCAGGGAACUCCUCCAAGAAUUCUACAAAAACUCCUGCAGGAAUACUCCAAGAACUACUUCAGGAAUUUUCCAAGAAUUCCUCCUAGUAUUCAUCCAGAAAUUCUCCAAGAAUUCCUCCAGGAACUCUCCAAGAAUUCCUUCAGGAAUUCUCUGAGAAUUCCUCCAGGAAUUCUACAAUAAUUCCUUCUUCUUCUUUUUUUUCCCUCUUUCAAAAUUUGAAGUUAAAAUAAACAAUAACAAUAAUAACAAUAAUUCCUCCAGGAAUUCUACAAGAAUUCCAUCAGGAAUUCUACAAGAAUUCUUUCGGGAAUUCUACAAGAAUUCCUCCAAAAAUAUCUUCAAGAAUUCCUCCAAGCUCCAAGAGCUCUACAAAAAUACAAUACCUCCUGAAAUUCAAGAGGGUGAUAGUAACUGUGUUUCAAACGAAAUAACACAGUUUUUGCACCUUCGCUUUCAUGUGUCACCUAGUUUUGUAAUUGAUAUCACAUGAAUCUGCCAUGACAAGACACAUUCCAGGCAAAUUUUCCCCCCAUUUUCCCAUGGAGUACGAACGUAAUUAAAUAAAAUUUUACUGCACAUGCAAAAAAAAAUACAAAACCGCCUGCAGACAGGUAUGCAUGUCGAGCUCGUGGAAAACGGACCAAGGUAAGGGUGAGGGCGUCGUCGUGUAUUAAAUUACACUUCACACGAACGCUUCGCUCCAACAUCGAGAGGGCAAAACUACCCUCGGUCGCCUCGGUUGCCUAAACGGUUGGUGGUUAGUUGGUUGGCUGACUACCGAGAGGCAGCAGGACCUACCUACUCAUACCCUACCGCUACCAGUCAGUGUGGUAUUAAUAGAUACAAGCAGAGUGACGAGAACCCCAUUGCUUGCAUCGUUUGGGCGUUGGUCCUGGGAAAUUAGGGGGUGCCUCGUUGUUGUUGGACGGUGGAUAACUGACGACUGGCACCAUUUGCAUACCGAAGCGCUUGGUUUUCUCGAGUCCUUUUCAUCGCUGUCGUGUCGAACGGGGAUGGAGUGGUGGUGGUGAGAGGUGACGACUCCACACGUCAAACUGCGUCGGAGGGUGUAUGAAUAGUUUGGGAAGAAGGUGGGAGGGUGUGGCUUGGAGGGGAAAUACGAACCAAGCUUUCAGAGUGGCUAAAGUCUCCAACAAGAGUGGAAAACUUUUAAAUUAACUUAGCAGCAAGUGAAUUGGUACGCAAAAUGUGCUAAUGGGAGCAGACUUCAUUAUGGAAACAAAAAAAUGAAAAUUUGCACGACACUGUCUACGGUGGGAGGGACAGAUGCGACGGGAUAAUUGGAGUUGAGUUGUAAAAUCUGCAUUAGCAGAGAACUGAUAGUAUGCUAAAUUUGAAUAGGGGUUGCAAAUUUAAAUUCAUUGUAUUCGUAUAAGCUUGUUUUGAAGAUGCUAGAUUUAAUAUGUGCGAUAGAGAAUGAAUCAGCAUGCAAUACAGAAACAACUACUCCCUCACGAGACAUUCCUCUUCAAUCAGUAAACCCAGAAUGGCUAGCGAUGUUUCAGCUUUGUGGCGAUUAUUACUGAUGUUUACCAAAGAAUUCCUGAAGAAACUCUUGUAGAAUUCCUUGAGUUUUCAAAGAAUUCCGUAAGAUCUGUUACACAAUUCCAAAAGGAAUAGUUGUAGGAUAACUGGAGGAAUUAUUCCAGAAUUCCUGGAGGAAUUAUUGUAGGAUUCCUGGAGAAAUUCUUGCAGAAUUUGUGGUGGAAUUCUCCUAGAAUUCCUGGUGGAAUUAUUGUAGAAUUCCUCCCGGAAUUAUUGUAGAAUUCCUCCCGGAAUUAUUGUAGAAUUCCUCCCGGAAUUCUUGUAGAAUUCCUCCCGGAAUUAUUGUAGAAUUCCUCCCGGAAUUAUUGUAGAAUUCCUCCCGGAAUUCUUGUAGAAUUCCUCCCG